AUGGCUAAAGCACCUGCAGUAGGAAUUGAUCUUGGCACAACAUAUUCAUGUGUUGGAGUGUUUCAACAUGGUAAAGUUGAAAUCAUUGCUAACGAUCAAGGAAAUAGGACAACUCCAUCUUAUGUUGCUUUUACCGAAACCGAACGUCUCAUUGGAGACGCUGCCAAAAAUCAAGUGGCAAUGAAUCCAAAUAACACCAUUUUUGAUGCCAAAAGAUUGAUCGGAAGAAGAUUUGAUGAUGCUACCGUUCAAAGUGAUGUCAAACAUUGGCCAUUUACAGUGGUCAAUGAUGGCGGUAAACCUAAGAUUCAAGUACAAUACAAAGGUGAAAACAAGACCUUUUUCCCAGAAGAAAUCAGUUCAAUGGUACUCACAAAAAUGAAGGAAACGGCUGAAGCUUAUUUAGGAAAAACCGUUACUAACGCCGUCAUCACUGUUCCUGCUUACUUUAAUGAUUCCCAAAGGCAAGCCACCAAAGAUUCCGGAGCCAUCGCUGGUUUAAAUGUUUUACGUAUUAUUAACGAACCCACGGCUGCUGCCAUAGCCUACGGUUUGGACAAGAAAACAGCUGGAACGGGAGAAAGGAACGUCCUCAUUUUUGAUUUGGGUGGCGGUACCUUUGAUGUUUCCAUCUUGACCAUUGAAGAUGGUAUUUUUGAAGUAAAAUCCACUGCCGGAGACACACAUUUGGGAGGAGAAGAUUUCGACAACAGAAUGGUCAAUCAUUUCGUGCAAGAGUUUAAGAGGAAAUACAAGAAAGAUUUGCAAACCAACAAGAGAGCAUUGAGAAGAUUGCGUACUGCUUGCGAACGUGCUAAGAGAACUCUUUCUUCAUCCACACAAGCCAGCAUUGAAAUCGAUUCGUUGUUUGAGGGUGUUGAUUUCUACACUUCGAUUACCCGAGCUCGUUUUGAAGAAUUGAAUGCUGAUCUCUUCAGAUCUACCAUGGAACCUGUUGAAAAAUCUCUACGAGACGCUAAAAUGGACAAAGCUCAAAUCCAUGAUAUUGUACUUGUCGGAGGAUCAACUAGAAUUCCAAAAGUCCAAAAACUACUUCAAGACUUCUUCAACGGCAAAGAACUCAACAAAAGUAUUAAUCCAGAUGAAGCCGUUGCUUAUGGAGCUGCUGUUCAAGCUGCUAUUUUGCAUGGUGAUAAAUCGGAAGAAGUUCAAGAUCUUUUGCUUCUUGACGUUGCACCAUUGUCUUUGGGUAUUGAAACUGCCGGAGGUGUUAUGACAACUCUCAUCAAAAGAAACACAACCAUUCCAACCAAACAAACUCAAACAUUCACAACUUACUCCGACAACCAACCCGGAGUACUUAUUCAAGUUUACGAAGGAGAAAGAGCUAUGACAAAAGACAAUAAUCUUCUUGGAAAAUUCGAAUUGACAGGCAUUCCACCGGCUCCGCGAGGAGUCCCACAGGUUGAAGUAACAUUCGAUAUCGACGCUAACGGUAUUUUGAACGUUACUGCCUGCGAAAAGACGACCGGUAAAGAAAACAAGAUCACCAUUACCAACGACAAGGGUCGUUUGUCUAAAGAAGAAAUCGAGAGAAUGGUCAAUGAGGCCGAGAAAUACAAAGCAGAAGAUGAAAAACAAAAGGCCACCAUUUCAGCCAAGAACGCUCUUGAAUCUUACUGUUUCAAUAUGAAGAGCACGAUCGAAGAUGAAAAAAUCAAGGACAAGAUUUCGGACUCCGACAAGCAAACCAUUCAAGACAAAUGCAAUGACAUCAUCAAAUGGCUCGACGCUAAUCAACUUGCCGAAGCCGAAGAAUACGAACACAAGCAAAAGGAAUUGGAAGGCAUUUGCAAUCCGAUCAUCACCAAAUUAUACCAAGCAGCUGGAGGAAUGCCCGGAAUGCCUGGAGGUAUGCCGGGUGGUAUGCCAGGUGGAAUGCCAGGUGGCUUCGGAGCGGGUGGUGCCGCGCCUGGUGGUGCACCUGGAGCCGGAGGCCCAACCAUUGAAGAAGUUGAUUAAGCCUUUAAUGGUUUUAAAAAGCUGGCAAAUAAUGAGAAAGAGAUUAGUCAUGCCGAAUUGUUUUAUUUAACGUAAAAAAUUACUUAAAUCAAUUCGUUAGCACAUGUAAUAAAAAACAAAGGUCAUAAAAUCAAAUCAAUCCGUCAAGAAUGUGUACAAGCAAGUAUUAAUUUCUUCUCAAGUUUUGCAUAUGUUAAUCGGGUUAAUUGACUCGCUUUUAGCUUUAGUCCACCCAUAAACGCUGAUUUGUUUGUUUCGCUAUCAAAUGUAGUUAAACUAUCAGAUUUUUGUUGAUCAAUAAACUCGAUUUU